AUGCCUGGGUGCGCAGCUGUUGGAUGCACAAAUUCUAACAAAAAACGAUUUCUCAUGAAACAUUUCCCUAUAGAUGCUGCCAGAAGGAAAAUGUGGUUGGAAAAAAUGAAGAGGGAUAAUUGGGUACCAACAAAUUAUUCAUGCUUGUGUGAAGUUCAUUUUGAAGAUCAAAUGUGGGAAAAAACAAGAGAAGGUGGUAGCAAACGGUUAAAAUGUGACGCUGUGCCUACUCAGUUUUUUUUACCUUAUCUUGUACUUAUGCUUGGUGGCAUAAGUACAAGAUGGAAAAAAACAGUAGCAUAUUUUUUUACCGGGAAGUCUGUUAAUGGCAAUGUUUAUCAUGAUAUUGUAGUUGAUAUAAUUUCCAAAACAGAGUCUAUAGGAUUGAAUGUUGUUGCUCUUAUAUCGGAUAUGGGGCCCAGUAACCAAAGUUUGUGGAGGAAAUGGAAUAUAACUGCUGGUCGUCACUGUAAAUUGUCAAACUUUCUACCUCUUCCCCUUGAUGACAAUAGGAAAUUGUUUGUUAUUCCAGAUGUACCUCAUCUUUUUAAGAAUAUUAAGAAUAUGUUAGUAAGAAAUAUUUAUUAG